GUGUCGUGUUGUUGUGGGGACGCGCUUCACGCUGGUUCCUCGUGUUGAAGGAGAAACACGCGGAUUCGUGCGCACACACACGAGGAAGAAGCUGAGGAUCAUGGACAUGAAGAAGAGGGUCUCCUUGGAGCUGCGACACCGGUCACCCACAGAGGUGCAGGAGCUGGUUCUGGACAACUGUCGCUCCAGUGAAGGGAAGAUCGAGGGGAUCACGGAGGAGUUCUCCAACCUGGAGCUGCUGAGCCUCAUCAACGUCGGCCUGACCAGCGUCGCAGACCUCCCCAAGCUGGACAAGCUGAAGAAGCUGGAGCUCAGUGACAACAGGAUAUCAGGCGGCCUGGAGGUCCUGGCCGAGCGACUGGUGAAUCUAACGCACCUCAACCUCAGCGGGAACAAGUUCAAAGAUAUCAGCACCCUGGAGCCCCUGAAAAAGCUGCCUCAGCUGAAGAGCCUGGACCUGUUCAACUGCGAAGUGACGAACCUGGCCGACUACAGGGAGUCCAUCUUCAAGCUCCUCCCCCAGCUCACCUACCUGGACGGCUACGACAUCGACGACUGCGAAGCGUCCGAUUCCGACGGAGAGGGCGACGGCAUCGAGGAUGAGGACGAAGAAGCCUGUCUUCCAGAGGGAGACUCAGAGGACUUUGAGGAAGAGGAGGAGGAAGAUGAGGAGGACGUUGUGGCUGUUGAAGAAGAAGAUGACGACGACAGCGCUGACGAAGAGGACGGAGAAGUGAACGGAGACGUCGACAGUGAGGAUGAUGACGACGAUGAAGACGAUGAGGAUGACGAUGACGAGGACUCGUCUCCGGCCAAAGGAGAGAAGAGGAAAAGGGACCCGGAGGAAGAUGAGGACGACGACGACGACGAUGAAGAUUAAGGAUCCAAAGACUGCAAACCCGCUGACCUCUUGCCCGGUGACCCCACCCACCUCUGGCCCCUCCCCCACUCGGCCGACUCCUGGGCUGCGUCCCUUUUCUGACACUGGUCUCCUCCUCUGGGCUCUCGUCAUCUCGCAGAUCGAAACAACCUCCGAUAACUGAACAUGAAUCAGGGUUUUGUCCUGAUCCCAGUUUUUUAGUCCUCAUCCCACAGUUUGACUCUUUAAUGCGUAAUAAAAUACAAUUUAAUCAACUAAUUUCACCGUUAAUCUGAUCUAAAAUUCUGAUAAUUACCCGCAAGAACUUUCUCUUAGGAUUUUUACUUCCUGGCGUCUUUACACAUUUAUCUAAAGUUUUUUAUAAAUUACGGGUUUAUCUGCAGGUUAUUUGUCACAUUAAUCGUUUAAAAUGUCUGGUUAUUCUAAACGUCUCGUAGAAGCUGGAAUCAGACAUUUUAUCGUUUUCUGCCUUUUUGUUUGACAAAUAAACAGUUGAGUGAUUCUCACAAUUGCUGCAGAUUAAUACUCUGAUCAACUUAUUGAUUGAGUCCAGGACGCAUCAAACUCGCCUGAGGUUCCAGAUCCAGAGCGUUUCCUCUGCGACGACUUUAUUUUACAACACGCAGCUGAACACGGUUAAAUCUGAAGUAUUUGCAGGAAACGUAUUCAGGGAUCGUGUUUCGUGUCUUUUUCUCAGAAUAAAAAAUGAAACGGAACCGAGAGCAGAAAACCUCAGGACGUGAUGUCACAAGGAGAAGUCACUUUUAGCUCCGUCUUUGUUUUUCUAUUUUUCCAGAUCACAAACCACCUCGAUCACAUUUCCUAAAUACGCCGUUUUCUGCGACGUUUCUUCGUCGGUUGACGAUGUUCCCUCGCUGUCGUCACGAAAACGCUGGUUUGGUGACGGAAUGUGAGAAAUGACACGUUAGGGUUGUUUCUUUGGAAGGAGAUGGAGCAAGGGCUCAUGGGAGGUAACGGCACUUUUGGGAUGCACAAAAACAACCUCCCUUCUUUCUCGUCCUCUCACCUUCCAUCCUUCCCUCUCUGACAUCACUCUUUGUUCUGUGAUGUCACUGACGGACGCCCCCCCCACCCCCGCUCUAUUCCCCCGAGGCCGAGCGCGCUCAGGGCAAACUGUUCUCUCUCUCUCUCUCUCUCUCUUUGCCAACAGAGCUUUUUAAAAGAAAUAUUUUUUCAGAGAAAUUGUUUUUGUUUGAUUUUGUACGGUUGUCUGGGGACUCUCUCUCUUCAUCGCUCUCUCCCUCUGCCUCUUUUCUUUUCUCUCCAGGAGAGAUCCAGUCGUUCCUUCAUACUUACACUGACUAGUUGAAUUUGUGUUUUUUUUUUACUUUCUGUAAGUUAAAGGAAAAAACUAAUAAAAAAACAAAAAGGACUUUGUAAAUAAAAUCUUAACAUUUUG